UUGCGGGGCGGAGACGCUGGAACGAUGGAGCCGCUGGUGGUCGCAAUGUUGCUGCUGCUCCUGGCCCGGGGACACUCGGCACUGGGGCUCGGAGGGCGUAACAUGUGGCUGAUCAAGGAGAAGGUUCUGCAGGCGAGGGAGCAGCGCGCCCGGGACCAUGUGCGGGGGGGCCAGCGCUGGUCCUCUGCAGCUCUGGGCAGUGCCCAACAUCUGGAGCCCCAGGAGGAGUUCUUCCCCCAACCUCUGGACCACUUCAACCGUCAAAACAAUGCCACGUACAAGCAGAGAUACUGGGUGAACACGAAACUGUGGGAGCCGCAGGGGGGCCCGGUGUUCCUGUAUAUCGGAGGUGAAGGGGCCCUGACCACCUACUCUGUCCUGGCAGGAGAGCAUGUGGACCUGGCACGCAAAUACCGCGCGCUGCUGGUCGCCGUGGAACACCGGUACUAUGGGGCUAGCAUCAACCCCGAUGGGCUGAAUCACCGCAACCUCCACUUCCUCAGCAGCCAGCAAGCGUUGGCAGACUUGGCCAUGAUGCACGCCUUUAUAUCCCACCGUUACAACUUGUCGAAGCUCAACAAGUGGAUCUGCUUUGGAGGCUCCUACCCGGGCUCACUGUCCGCCUGGUUCCGGCUCAAGUUCCCUCACCUGGUCCACGCUGCCGUUGCCUCCUCCGCACCUGUCCGCGCCCAGCUGGACUUCACCGCCUACAACAAGGUGGUGUCUCGGAGUUUAUCUAACCCUGUGGUUGGGGGCUCGCCAGAGUGCCGGGCGACGGUGGGCGCUGCGUUCGGCGCGGUGGACGAGAUGUUGGCGCGGGGAGAGUCGGCGGCGCUGGAGAGGGAUUUCCGGUCGUGCCGCCCGCUGGACGGCUCCGGGGAUUACGGCCAGCUGGCCGGCAACCUGGCCGACGUGGUCAUGGGCAUCGUGCAGUACAACCACGAGCUGGGCAUCGACGCCACCAUCGCCCACCUCUGCCGCCUGAUGGCCAACACUCGCCUGGGGGCACCGUACCGACGACUCGUGGCUCUCAAUGCGAACUACAUGGAGCGAAUGUCGUUGAACUGCACGGACAACUCUUACCAGCGUGCGUUGGAGGAGUUACGGAGCGAGGUGGUGAAGCCGUACGGCGUGGGUGAGCGCCAGUGGUACUACCAGACCUGCGCCGAGUUUGGCUACUACCAGACCUGUGAGGAUGAGGGAUGCCCACUCUCGCGUUGGCUCACACUGCGUUCCGAGGUAGACGUGUGUGCCCAGGUGUUUGGCAUCUCUGCCAGCAGCGUGCAGGGGGCGGUGGAUUUCACCAACGACUACUAUGGUGCCGACAGACCCAAGGCCAGCCGUAUCAUUUUUGUCAACGGUGACAUCGACCCCUGGCACGCGCUCAGUGUGCUGAGGAACCAGUCCCGCUCCGAGCUGGCCCUGGUUAUCAACGGCACUGCCCACUGUGCCAACAUGAACCCCCCCGAGACCGGAGACCCCCUCUCUCUCCAGCACGCCCGACAGAUAAUCGAAGAGCAGAUUGGCGAUUGGUUGUCCAGACGCCCCCUGUAUCCGUUGUAACGGGGCUCAGGAUGUCUGUCACAGGGAGAAGGAUGUGUUUGCAGCCUCUGCACAGAUGCUGCCUGACCUGCUGAGUUAUGC